UCAUUGAGUCCCGGGCCGUUUCAGUAUGCGCAUGGUUGAAUUUCCUUUUUAUCUUCUUUUAGUAUUUCUUAAUUUAAUAGAUACAAUUAUGAAUCCAGAAAAUGAAUUACAAAAUGGUGAAGAUGAACAUUCAAGACGACCAAAAUAUACAAUAUUACUUCCAACUUACAAUGAAGCAGAAAAUUUGCCAAUAUGUAUAUGGUUAAUUAACAAAUAUUUAAAUGAAUUAAAUUAUGAAGUACUUAUAAUUGAUGAUAACAGCCCUGAUGGAACACAAGAUAUAGCUAAAAAACUUUGUAAUGAAUUUGGAAAUGAUAAAAUUAUUUUAUUAACUCGAGAAGGCAAGCUUGGACUUGGAAGUGCUUAUGUUUUUGGAUUGAAACAAGCUCGGUAUUUUUCUAUUUUUUAA